AUGCUUUUCAUCAAGGAAAGUAAACAAAUUUUUCUCUUAGCAAAUUCCGAAGGACAACUUGAAAAGAAAUAUUUGUAUAUGCAACUAUUCAUUAAAUGGCAAACUAUAUAUGUAACAUGGUUAAGGACAUCGUAUAUAAGUUUUUAUCACUUUCAAAUACCCAUCAGAUUUAUAUCCCAUAUUAAAGGUAUGAAUGAUCUUCCUUCAUUCAGCUCAUCGAUAAACGCAAUCCUGGCGACAGGAAAUCCCAAAAAACAAUCAUCGAAACGAGUAAGAGAAGCGUUAGAAGAGAUCUUUCUAUUCAACUUCGAGGAAGCAAAUGAGGAUAUAGAUGAUAAAAUUGAGAAAUAUUUGAAGAAGCAUAGGAAUAGAAACCGAAAUCAAAUUAGGCUUACUUUAUCAGAAUUGAAGAAAAAAAAUAGAAAGGCUAUUUUAAAAUUGGACAAGAAAUUAGAUAGGAUUGAGCAAAGAAAAAAUGGGGGAGUGGGAAAAGCUAAAAAGGAGAGGAAGAUUACCACUGGUAGUAGGAAAUAUCUGUUACUUGAGCCAUUAAAGAGCUUUCUUGGAGAAUCAGAAUUGUCCCGUCAGGAUACCGUUAAGAGGAUAUGGACAUAUAUUAAACAGAACAAACUACAAAGUCCGUCAGAUAGAAGGGAAGACCUUUGGGACAAUAAACUGAAGUCUUUGUUUCAAGGAUAUCAGAGAAUUACAGUGCCAAUUGUGGCCAAGAUUGUGUCGAAAUAUAUGCUUAGCCUAGGAAGCCAAUCUCGAUAUAGUAAUCUUAGUGAAUCAUCAAAUACAAGUGCUGAAGAAUUUGAGACUACUGUAGAGUUUGAAAGCUCUAAAGACUCUGAAAACGAAAUAGUAUCUACUUCCGAUUCUUUUACUAAUUCAUCGCAAGAAGAAGGAUCUCAAAAUGAGGAUGAAACUAGCAUGAACUCUAACUUUGAAGGAGUUGAGAUAGACCGUCCGCCUGAUACUCCUACUGGCAAAACAGACUAUAUCUCAGACGUUGUUGACGAAGAACUCAGCCAAGAUGAAGAUUACGAAGACGGAGUUGAAUUGGAAUCCUGGCAUGGGGUAUGGGACGAACCUGAUAACACAAUAAUGGAAUCUAGUUCGGCAGAGACAAACAGCGAUGAAGAAGCCGAUGCUGACGAUUUAGUUAAUCAAGAUGGCUCCUUCUUCCACUCUGAAAUGAAUACAUCGCAUGGAACACCUUCAGAUCCGGAAAAUCGAGAUCGCUAUGAAUCAUCGUUUGUUGUUGCAGAUGAUUCCGAGCAGGAUUUAGGUGAAGACGAUCCUGAAUUGCGACAAUCAUUUUUAGAUGAUGAAUUUGAUGCUGUACAAACCGAACCCACAGAUGAUUUUUCCGAAUCAGAGGAAAGUGAUUAG